UUAUUCAUUUCAUCUAGAAGAGGAUUUGUGCGCAUAGCCAUGGAACAUGGGACACCUCUGGUUCCAGUUUUCUGCUUUGGUCAGUCGCGAGUGUAUAAGUGGUGGAAGCCGAAUUGGAACCUCUACCUUAAACUAUCAAGAGCGAUCAAGUUUACUCCCAUCUGUUUCUGGGGUGUUUUUGGAUUCCCAAUACCAUAUCGACACCCUCUGCAUGUGGUGAUUGGGAAACCAAUAGAAGUUAGUAAAACUCUGCAGCCAACUGAUGAAGAGAUUGCUAAGGUACAUGGACAGUUUGUGGAAGCGCUUAAGGAUCUGUUUUAGAGGCACA